AUGGAACUGGUUGAUAGGCAUGAUAUUGAAAGUGUUGUUGGCAAUGAUGAUGGUACAGUUUCAGAUGUGUUAACAGUUGAAGAGGCAUGUACAAGCACUAUAUCAUGUUGGUCCAAAAAACAAUUUGAAUAUUUUAGCAAGUUGUUUCCAUGGAUCCAGGUUAAAAAUGGAAAAUUAGGUUGCAAUGUGUGUAGUAAGGUCAGAGGGUCUUUGGGAAUAGAAAAAGCUAAGGCAUGCCAUGUUUCAGAGGAGUGGAGUAACUUUUUAGUAAAACCAAGUGGCACCCUCAAAUUGAUUCAGCAGGCCUCUGUUCGCAAAAAAAUUAGAGAGCACAGUGUUUCUAAAUCUCACAAUAAAGCAGAGAAACUUCAGAAUACCGCCAAAAUUGGCAUAUUAACAACAGCAAUGGACAGGCUCAAUGAGAAAGCUAUAGCUGCGACAAUUCAUAUUUUUAAUAUAGUAUACUGUUUAGCUUUAAAUAAUAAGCCUAUGGCUGACAUAGAAGGAGAAGUUCAAUUGCAGAAAAUUAAUGGUGUGGAUGUUGGAGUAGGCCUUCACUCAAGGAAAACUGCCAUUACGAUAAUUCAAUAUAUAUCCUCACAAAUAAGGAAGGCUUUAUUUUCUAAAAUUGCCAGUUGUAAGAGCAAAUUAUGUGUCAUAAUUGAUGAAUCCUCAACUGUGGCACAGAAAAGUGUUUUAGUCAUCUAUAUUCGUUGUGAGCUUUCAACACAUCAGGAUCCUGUCAAUGUAUUUGUGGAUCUUAAAGAGCUUGACUCAACCACUGCUGAGGUGAUAACUGAAACACUUUUCAACUGCUUAAGUGAAAAUGGAUUUGAUAAAGAUUAUUUACAAGAUAAUCUGAUAGGAUUUUGCUCAGAUGGUGCUAGUGCAAUGCUAGGUAGCAAGUCUGGGGUUGCAUCUAGAAUUGUAAGAGAAUUUCCAAACAUAGUCAUAUGGCACUGUUUGAGCCACAGGGUUCAACUUGCUCUUGAUGAUGCAAUUAAUUCUGUAUCCCAAGUUAAUCACUUUAAAAUGUUCCUAGAAAAAAUAUAUAGCAUAUAUCAUGUAUCUAACAAACAUCAGUUAGAGCUUCAUAACAUAGCAGCAGAUCUAGAGUUGGAGAUAGUAAAGAUUGGUAGAAUCCUAGGUCCUCGGUGGGUGGCUUGUAGUGCUCGUGCUGCCAAGGCAGUAUGGAGAGCGUAUCCAGCUCUGUAUAAGCACUUUUCGAAUUAUAAGAAUUUCUUGGGAAUGAAGAAAAAAAUGGAAAACUUGUGUUUCCUAAAAGAUCUCGCUUUAAUGAUCGAAAUUCUUGAGGAGCUCUCCCUUUUAUCCCUUGCUUUACAAGACCGGGAUGUUUCUCUUGUCAAAGCAGACAGACUUCUUUGUCGGUGUAUUAGGGCCCUUAAAAACCUAAAAGAAAAUCCAGGGAAGCAUGAAGUUCAGAUUGAUACAAUGAUUAGAACAGAGCCAUUUAAAGAUAUUCCUUUCCAAGUGAGUGCUAAAAACACUGGUCUUCCAAGAGCACAGUUAAUUCAGAGCGUAAUAGACAAUAUGAAAAGUAGGUUGUUUUCCACUGCAAAUACAAGACAAAUGGACAGUGGUACAGUUGUCCAAAACGCAAGCCGCUACAAAAAGUUAUUGUCCUUGUUCUCUUUACUUGAACCCAAUUCUUGGCCAUCUGACCUCACACUAUCUCCGUGGCCAGAAGGGGAAUGUCAAUUAAGACAGUUAAAUGAACUGAUAAAAUGUAACAUUCCAGUUAAUGAUUUCUGGGAUUACAUAGACAACAGAUUUUUCAGAUUGCAGCCUGCCACCCUCUAUUCAACAAGCCAAGAAAAUUAUUCGGGUCAUAGCUGUCAGUAG